UGAUUUAUAAUUUUAUACCAAUAUUUCAUGUGAUGCCUUUCACACACACAGGGCGAAAGACUAGAUUAUGAAAUAAUAGUUCAGGCGAAAUUAACUCUUAAAACAGUGUAAAGCUUAAAAAAAUUUCACGACAAAUCACGAUCGGUACGAGUGCCAAAUGGCUCCGAGUUGGAGAGGGCAUCGCAAAUCGGAAUCAAGCCUGUUGCUCGAACCGCGUGUCCGCUCGCCCUCGUAUGACCUUCACACCGAGUGCAUCUUCCUUCGUCCGCUCCCGCUCCUCCUGAUUGGUUCCUGUCGGAGUUGUAGGAAGAUGGGCCAACUCGAAUAGUUUUCCCUCAUCUUCUAGAUGGCAGCGUCUCGCCACGAACACGAAGAAGAAGCCUCAUGGAGUGACCUUUAUUCCAUAAACUUGGUACCGUCGGAGGCCUUUUUGAAGUUCAGGAAGGAGGUUGAAGGCUUCCCCGUCGGGUUGAACUUUGAGUUUUAUAAUUUCCAGGCUAGCGAGAACCACAUGAAGUUGGUAUUGAAGUCAUUAACACCUGAAAGACGAUGGAAGCUGAUGUAUGAGCCUAAAUAUGGUGACCUACGAAUUUUUACGAAAAAAAUUCCAAUAACACAAUAUCUUAGUCUUCAGAUUGGUGUAGGUCACAAUUUUAGAUAUCACACUAUUGGCUGAGAAUGGAGGCUUUCAACAUGCUUGGGUGGAGAUGGCAUCUCACAAAUCCGAAACAAAACUUCUGUACACGUUUUCCCUGCUAUGGCUAUUCGAUUCGGUUGGAGAGCUGAGUAUAUCCUUCCGGAGGUUCACGGGGCCAUUGGCACCGGGGAACCCGUCAUCGGCAUGAACUAUGGUCGCCUUUAUGCAUCACUUGAUGGAGUGGAGACGAUACUGACACACAAGGCGUGAUUCAAAUUCAGGUGGACAAUCUUUUGUCUCGCGUUCCAGAGUAUUAUCUGCUGGUCUCAUGUCGUUGGCUUCUUGUUUUUGUUGCACCACGCUUUCCAUUUGUAUGGAACUGGUUUAAGUUUUAUUUGCUUGCCCCUGCGGAGCAAAACGGAUGGUUCCAAGUUUCAGUUGUGCAGUGGCUUAAUGAAACGAAAGCGGAUG